UGCAGCGGGGACCGCGGCCCCGCAACAGCCAGCGCUGUGUUUUCCAGGACUACUCCAAGUGCAAGGAAAUCAUGAUCGAGCGCGGGGAGAUCUUCCUGAGGAAAGUGUCUCUCUCUCGGAAUAAAAUCGCCAAGCUGUGUCAUCCUUUCAUCAGAGACGGUGCUCGAAUACUGACACAUGCCUACUCCAGAGUGGUCCUCAGAGUGUUAGAAGCUGCAGUUGAGGCAAAGAAGCGAUUCAGCGUUUAUGUCACUGAAUCACAGCCAGAUCAAGCAGGGCAAAAAAUGGCAAAAGCCCUGAGGAAGCUGAACAUUCCCGUGACUGUGAUUCUGGAUGCUGCAGUUGGCUACAUUAUGGAGAAAGUGGACCUGGUGUUAGUUGGUGCUGAAGGUGUAGUUGAAAGUGGAGGCAUUAUCAACAAGAUUGGCACUAAUCAAAUUGCUGUGUGUGCCAAAGCGCAGAAUAAGCCGUUUUAUGUGGUAGCUGAAAGUUUCAAGUUUGUAAGGCUUUUCCCUCUGAAUCAGCAGGAUGUCCCAGAUAAGUUUAAGUACAAAGCAGACACUCUGAAAGCAAAUCAGAAUCUAACAGAGGAGCAUCCCUGGAUUGACUACACAUCACCAUCACUCAUUACAUUACUGUUUACAGACCUCGGCGUGUUGACUCCAUCAGCUGUCAGUGAUGAACUUAUUAAACUCUAUCUGUAACAAAGAGGACUCUGUGUACAGGAUGUAUCAUCUUCAGUGACUGUCACAGUUGUAAGAACUUGGAGGAUGAUAAAAGUUAUAUGGACAUGGUAAAGAGAGGACAUUAUAAGGAUUAAUGUAAUUAU